ACUUUUUCUCAUAAAUAUCAUUUCCAGGAAAUUCACGCCUGACUUAUUUGAUUUUUUUUGUUGUUUUUUUUUCGUGGGUCUCUUUGGUGGGAGUAAGUCGGAUUGGUUUGAUUGGCGAGGAGAGGGGCUUUGUUGUGAUUCUUCUUCUACUUUCAAUUUUGGCUUUUCCCGGCGAUGCCUACGCCGGUGAUUACGGCGAGAGAAUGCUUAACGGAGGAAGCUGCUCGUGCUCUCGACGAUGCUGUUGCGGUGGCUCGUCGGAGGAGCCACGCCCAGACUACGUCACUCCACGCCGUUUCUGCGCUUCUCGCGAUGCCUUCCUCCAUUCUCCGUGAGGUAUGCGUCUCACGCGCCGCUCGGAGUACACCGUACUCUUCGCGUCUUCAGUUCCGAGCUCUGGAGCUCUGCGUCGGCGUUUCUCUCGACAGGCUACCGUCGUCCAAGUCUACGGCGGCGGAAGAAGAUCCACCGGUGUCGAAUUCGCUCAUGGCGGCGAUCAAGCGGUCGCAGGCGAAUCAAAGGCGUCAUCCCGAGACGUAUCACCUCCAGCAGAUCCACGCAAGUGGCGGCGGCGGUGGCUGCCAAACGACGGUUUUAAAGGUCGAGUUGAAGUAUUUCAUAUUAUCAAUCCUCGACGAUCCGAUUGUGAAUCGGGUCUUCGGCGAAGCCGGGUUUCGGAGCUCCGAUAUCAAGCUCGACGUGCUUCACCCUCCGGUAACGCAAUUCUCUUCCCGUUUCUCUCGCGCUCGUUAUCCGCCUCUCUUCCUCUGUAAUUUUCCGAACUCAGAUCCGAAUCGCGAGUUCCCGUUUGGUGGGAGCAGCGGCGUCGAUGAGAAUUCUCGGAGAAUCGGAGAGAUUUUAGGUCGGAAAGAGAGGAAGAACCCUUUGCUGGUUGGUAAUUGCGCGAACGAAGCUCUUGUAACCUUCACGGAUUCGAUCAACAGUGGGAAGCAAGGGCUUCUUCCUCCGGAGAUUAGUGGGUUAAGCAUUAUUAGCAUAGAGAAGAAAAUUAGUGAAAUUUUAGCCGAUGGAUCAAGAACUGAUGAGGAAAUUCGCGUGAAGCUUGAUGAUUUAGUAAGAAUCGUAGAGCAAAAUGGAUCGAAAUCGGGGACGAUACUUAAUCUGGGAGAGUUGAAGGUCUUAACCAGUGAAGCUUCUUCCGGUGGAAACAGUGAUGCUUUGGAGAAUCUUGUUUCGAAGCUCUCGGAUUUUCAGAAGCAUCAAAGUAAGAAGCUUUGGUUCAUCGGAUGUGUAUCGAGCAACGAGACGUAUACGAAGCUUCUCGAUCGGUUUCCUACGAUCGAUAAAGAUUGGGACCUUCAUGUUCUUCCAAUCACAUCCUCAAAACCCUCGAGUCAAGGGGUUUAUCCAAAAUCAAGUGAAUCUGUUGGUUACAGCUUGAUGGGAUCCUUUGUUCCGUUUGGAGGGUUCUUUUCGUCUACAUCAGACUUCAGAGUGCCGUUGAGUGGUACAGUGAAUCAGACGCUUUCCAGAUGUCACAUCUGCAACGAGAAGUAUUUGCAAGAAGUAGCCGCCAUUGCCAAGGCCGGUUCGAGUCUCUCUCUUGCUGAUCAAUGUUCGGAGAAGUUGCCCUCUUGGUUACGAGCUGCAGAGGCUGAGUUGGACAAGGGAACAACGGGCAGUAGCAAGGCUAUAGAUGGCCCAAACACAUUAGCCGCGCAAACCACAGCUUUGCAGAAGAAAUGGGACAACAUAUGCCAAAGUAUCCAUCAAACUCCAGCGUUCCCUAAACUUGGUUUUCAGCCUAUGAGUACGCAGUUCCCAGUUCAGACCGAGAAGAGUGUGAGAAGCCCAACCGAGAAAAAUUGUCCUGUGUUUCCAAGCAAAACUCCUGAAAGCUUUCUAGAGACGCGUAAACUGCUAAAUCCAAAACAUACGGAGGAUCGCACUGUGAGUUCUCCUUUGAGCUGUGUUACUACAGAUUUAGGGUUGGGAGUAAUCUAUGCAUCAAAAAGCCAGGAAUCAAACACACCGAAAGAGAAACCGCUGCUGGCGACAAUAAACUCUUCUUUAGAGCAAAAAUAUCAUAAAGAUUUCAAGUCUCUCAGAGAAUCACUCUCUCGUAAAGUAGCCUGGCAGACGGAAGCUGUGAAUGCCAUAAGCCAAAUUAUCUGCGAAUGCAAAAGCGACUCCACGAGAAGAAACCGCACAAGUGGAAUUUGGCUGGCUCUUCUUGGACCUGAUAAAGUCGGGAAGCAGAAAGUAGCAUCGGCUCUUUCUGAAAUCUUUUUUGGUGGCCAGGUCAAUUGCAUCUGCGUGGAUUUCAGGGCAGAACACUGUUAUAUUGAUGACAAAUUCAGAGGCAAAACAGUGGUUGAUUACAUAACCGGUGAAUUAUCAAGAAAACCACACUCUGUUGUUUUACUAGAAAACGUGGAAAAAGCUGAGUUCCCUGAUCAGGUCAGAUUCUCUGAAGCUGUGAGUACUGGAAAACUCCGUGAUUCUCAUGGAAGAGUGAUCAGUAUGAAAAAUGUAGUUGUUGUUGUGACUUCUGGGAUAUCCAAGGACAAAGAUCACGUUAUAGAACCUGUGAAGUUUUCUGAGGAAAGAGUUCUCAGCGCGAGAAGCUGGAAACUGCAAAUAAAGUUAGUCGAUGCUACUAAAAUUGGGGUAAAGAAGAGAAAACAUGAGCCAGAAACAGAGCUGCGAGCAGAGAAGGCGCAACGUUCGUAUCUGGAUCUGAAUCUUCCUGUAAAUGAGACAGAAGUUAGCUUCGAUCAUGAAUCAGAGGACGCAACUGCUUGGUUCGAUGAUUUCAUGGAACAAGUAGACGGUAAAGUGACAUUUAAGCCGGUUGAUUUCGAUGGGUUAGCCAAAAAGAUUCAAGAGAACAUGGUUUCACAUUUUGAGCAUUGCUUUGGAACCGUAGCACAUCUAGAGAUAGAUAAUGAAGUGAUCGUUCAGAUUCUGGCGGCUUCUUGGUCAUCACUAUCAUCGGGAGAAGAAGAGAGAACGGUUGAUCAGUGGAUGCAGACAGUUCUUGCUCCGAGCUUUGCCGAAGCGAGGCAGAAGUACGGCUCAAAUUCUGCGUUUGCCGUGAAACUGGUUGCUUCUAAAGAUUUAGCUGCCGGAGUAGAGUUGCCGGAAAAGGUGGAUGUGAUUACAGAUAUAUAAAUGAGGUAAAAAUUAGUUAUAAUCCUGAUUGUUUUGUCAUCAGAAGCCUGGUUUGGAGUUUUGUGCUUGUAAAUUAAAAUGUAUAAUAGUUUUACUACUAGCUGAGGUACAUAAGUUUGUUUAGGAGUUACCAACUUGCCACAACUUUUUUUGGCAUUUUGAGUUUAGGUAUCUCUCCUAAUUAUGUUGUAAACUCCUGCGCAAAAGUUCCAAACAUAAGUGCGUUAAA